UUAUUUUAUUUUCAAAAUUUUGUAACAUUUCUUCCCCAAUAAAUCGAAAACCUUGAACCCGAUCUCUUAGGAAGAUCUAUCUUUCUUCUUCGUGAAAACCCAUCGGCGGAACCUGCAUGUGAAUUUGCUCUCUGAAACUGGAGGAUGCUCAAGGAAUUGGUUUCUGCCUAGUGUGUGACCUUUGAGUUGAGCAACUUUUGUGAAAAUGGGAACCCCUUACCGCAGUGGGGCUUUCAAAAGAUCAAAUGAUAGUACUAGACUUGUUAUAACCACUAUCAUGGGAAUGGUGUUUGGAUACUUUGUUGGGAUUUCUUUUCCUUCUGUUUCUCUAACUAAGAUUAAUUUACCUUCAAGCCUAAUAUCAACUCUCGAUUAUGCCUUCAAUGAUGAUCAUAGACGUGCUAUAGAGCGUACUUUCCCGGAGAAUCUUGGUUCUGGUAGUACUCCUUUAACACCAAAGAUAUAUGUCCCAUCAAAUCCUCGCGGCGCGGAGUCAUUGCCACCAGGGAUUGUGGUCUCAGAAUCAGAUUUUUAUUUGCGAAGGUUGUGGGGUGAACCAAGUGAGGAUCUGACAAAAAAGCCCAAGUACUUGGUUACAUUUACGGUUGGUUUGGAUCAGAAGUACAACAUUGACUCAGCUGUUAAAAAGUUUUCAGAGGAUUUCCAAAUUUUGCUUUUCCAUUAUGAUGGUCGAACAACCGAGUGGGAUCAAUUUGAAUGGUCCAAGCGUGCAGUUCACAUCAGUGUUAAGAAGCAGACAAAAUGGUGGUAUGCAAAGAGGUUUCUGCAUCCAGAUGUUGUAGCUGCCUAUGAUUACAUAUUUAUAUGGGAUGAAGAUCUUGGAGUUGAGCACUUCAAUGCAGAGAAAUAUAUGCAACUAGUUAAGAAACAUGGUCUAGACAUCUCUCAGCCUGGUCUUGAACCCAACAAUGGACUCACAUGGCAGAUGACUAAGAGGAGGGGUGACAGAGAAGUUCACAAGGAUACAGAAGAGAAACCAGGCUGGUGCAGUGAUCCACAUUUGCCUCCUUGUGCAGCUUUUGUGGAAAUAAUGGCUCCUGUAUUCUCUCGAGAAGCUUGGCGAUGUGUUUGGCAUUUGAUUCAGAAUGAUUUGGUGCAUGGAUGGGGAUUGGAUUUUGCACUAAGAAGAUGUGUAGAGCCUGCUCAUGAAAAAAUUGGUGUGGUAGAUUCACAGUGGAUUGUGCAUCAAGUUAUUCCUUCUCUUGGGAAUCAGGGUCAGCCCGUGAAUGGCAAAGCUCCGUGGGAAGGGGUAAGAGAGAGAUGUAGAAACGAAUGGGCAAUGUUCCAAGAUCGUUUAUCGAAUGCAGAUAAAGCGUAUUUUGCCCAGCAUGGAAAAACUCGAGUAUAACACGCCUCCAAAACGUCUUGUACAUUGCUUCUUUCGCCUAUUUUCUCUCCUUUUUUUCGGUUUCUAGGUGGUGUUGCCUAUUCUUUUUUCUGAGUAUCUGUUCUUUUUAUGAUCUUUUCAUUUCAAUAUUAGUGUAGUGAAAUUCUAUGUAGCUAGUGAAUGCUAAAACCAUUAGAUAUUGGAAGUUUUCUGGUGCAUAUAGAUGAUACACAAGGUUUAUAGUCAA